AUGAAAGACGUGCCUCUCGACUCCGCAAACACCAUACCAAGGGCCGAAACGGAUGUGUCAACUGUAGGUACCGCAGGGUCAAAUGCGACGAGAACAAAGACGGAUGCAAAAGGUGCCGAGACUAUUUGUCCAUCAAACGAUCCAAAGCAUGCCGUCUUACUUCGUUUCAAGAAUCGUACAGCACUAUCGCUCGGCAACGCUCAGACCAGGCUGGCCUACGCUCGAGUUGUCCCUGGGCUAGCAUUGCGGUACGGCUUCCUCUUCCAUGCGGUCACAGCAACUACCUUGCUACACGAUCGGGCGUUGACGGGAGCCCAAGUCCCUCAACAUGACGAACUUCACCACCUCGGCCAAGCAGCCGCGCUGCUCAACCAUAGAUUGUCUACCAAGAUCGUGGCUGCCGAGCGAGACGCAAUAUGGGCAACAUCAGCCUAUCUAUGCGCCUCGACCAUUUUCAAUAUAAGUACUACGGUCCCACAGCACACAUGGCCGCUCGAAUCGUCCAACCAAAACAGCCUAGAAUGGCUCACAAUGCAAGCUGGUCUCAGAAUCGUCUGGCAAAUGACCGAGAUGAACAGACAGGACAGCGCAUUCAGCCAAAUCGAGCCGACCACUCCACCUUCCUCAAACUGCGUUCACCCGACCGAGCCCAUACCAGGCAUCAAUGGAAUUCUACCCAUCUUAGUCACUUUGUGCGGACUGGACAAGAACAGCACCGGCGAGAACAACCCCUACCACACCGCCGCAAGUCGAUUGACGACACUACUUGCCGUGCCAGGUACACCCGACAAUGUACUUACUUUUAUGGUUUUUGCAGGAGGCAUGAAGAAAGAGUUCCGAGCUCUACUACACAAGAAAGACCCGAGAGCUCUUCUGUUGCUGGCGCUGUGGUAUUCCAAACUCUUUCAUUCGAUGUGGUGGGUAGUGCCUAGGGCGAGGUUGGAGUGUCAGGCUAUUUGUCAGUACUUGGGAGAGAUGAGGGUGCAGGAGAGGGGUUUUCAGCAGGUGCUGGGAGUGGUCCGAAAAGCUAGCGAGACGUUGGAGUUGACUUGUGUUGCGGAAUUGGUGGACCUUUUACCUCGCUUGCCGGUUGAGAAAAAGGUGGCGAAUGGGCCGACGAGCAUGAAGGUGGAGAUGUUCUGGGAUGGCUAUUGA